GACUAUGGCAUGAAAUUGCCAAUCUUGCGAUCCAACCCCGAGGAUCAGAUUCUCUACCAAACGGAACGCUACAAUGAGGAAACCUUUGGCUACGAGGUCCCGAUCAAGGAAGAGGGCGACUACGUCCUUGUGCUGAAGUUUGCCGAAGUCUAUUUUGCACAGUCGCAGCAGAAGGUAUUUGAUGUGCGUUUGAACGGCCACAUGGUGGUGAAGGACUUGGACAUCUUUGACAGAGUGGGACACAGCACGGCCCACGAUGAGAUUGUCCCCAUCAGCAUCAAGAAGGGGAAGCUGAGUGUGCAAGGAGAGGUUUCUACCUUCACAGGAAAGCUGAACAUUGAGUUUGUCAAG